GAGGGUCCCCGCCCUGGGGCGCGGAUCCUGGGCGGCCCUGGGUUUCGGUUUGGUCUGAGCACGAGCCCGUGGGCGGGUCCAAGGGCGGGACGGAGGUCGCGCCCCGGUCCCAGUACAGCGCGGGCCCGUCGGGCCGGCCGAGCGCGGCGCGCUCCGGGCAACCAUGACGAGGCGCUGCGGGCGGCGGCGCGCACUGGCGGCCGCGUGUCUGGGGGCCGCGCUCCUGCUGCUGGGCGCCGCGCCCCGCGCCCUGCGCCCUGCGUUCGAGAGCAGCGCAGUGGGCACCAGCUGGUUUGGCGGGAAGGGGAGGAGCCCCUUGCAGAUGCUCUACGACCUGGACCAGGGCCCACGCUCUGCCCUGGCCGAGGUGCACCGGCAGCGGCGAGAGCUGCUGCGCCGCGCCUGCAGCCGCCACACCCGGCGGCAGCACCUGCUGCGGCCCGAGGACCUGCGGCACGUGCUGGUGGACGACGCGCGCGGCCUGCUCUACUGCUACGUGCCCAAGGUGGCCUGCACCAACUGGAAGCGCGUGCUGCUAGCGCUGAGCGGCCGCGGCCCCAGCGACCCGCGCGCCAUCCCCGCGCCCGAGGCGCACGCGCCCGGCCUCCUGCCCUCGCUGGCCGACUUCAGCCCGGCCGAGGUCAACCGGCGUCUGCGCGCCUACCUGGCCUUCCUCUUCGUGCGCGAGCCCUUCGAGCGCCUGGCCUCGGCCUACCGCAACAAGCUGCAGCGGCCCUGGGGCGCCGCCUUCCAGCGCCGCUUUGGCACCGACAUCGUGCGGCGCCUGCGGCCGCGCCCAAGCCCAGACGCGCUGGCCCGCGGCCACGACGUGCGCUUCUCCGAGUUCCUGGCCUACCUGCUGGACCCGCGCACGCGCCGCGACGGGCCCCUGAACGAGCACUGGGAGCGCGCCCACGCGCUCUGCCACCCGUGCCGCCUGCGCUACGAUGUGGUGGGCAAGUUCGAGACGCUGGCCGAGGACGCGGCCUUCGUGCUGGGCCUCGCGGGCGCACCCGGCCUGCGCUUCCCGGAGCCGCCGCCAGGGGCCAGGGCCGCCGCGCGCGACCGGGCCGAGCGCCUCUUCCGCGACAUCAGCCCCUUCUACCAGCGGCGCCUCUUCGGCCUCUACAAGAUGGACUUCCUGCUCUUCAACUACUCCGUCCCCUCCUACCUGCGGCUGCGCUAGCCCGCGGCCCGGGGUGCGCGGCGAGACGCUUGCGCUCGCCCCCUUGGGCGGACCGCGUCGUCGCACAGCCCGCCUCGCCUCCGGGGGCUGGACCCCUGGGUGCCUGACGCUGGCCUCGUCGAAGCGCCCGGGCCGGCGGGUGCGUCCCCAGGACCCCGGAGGACGGAAUAAUAGGCUUUUAGGCUGCGAGCGCCUGUGUCCUGUCGUCUGUCCUGAACCUAACCGUGGCACAAGAUUAGAAUGCUGGCUCCGCGCUGGCCCCUGACCCCUGGGGCCCUCCCCACCUCACCUGCCCUGGUCACUGUGCCGGGCCAAGGAGAGAAGGCCCGCCCCCAACAGACCCAGGGCCGGCUGGCCUCGCCUCGGCCUCAGCGGGCCACCUGGGCGCCCUGAGGACCCUGCCACCCGGUGCGCCCCCGGGGGCCCUGUUCUGGCCCCUUCUUGGCCUCAGUCCAGCCAGAUGCUCGGUGGUCCACCGUCAACAGAGCCGCCCGGUAGGCAAUAUAGGAGCAGACUAACCAGGACCGUGGUGAGCGGGAGCUCAUGUGUUUGAAAUAAAUGCGUUUUGUUACUUUGUGAAAAA